AUGGCCAGUGGCAUUGUGCAUGUGGCGAAUGGAUUGGUUCCUCCACUGAAGCUCAUUCGCAUCUUCCCUUUUGAUGUGGUCUUCAAUCACAAGAGCCGGAACACCCUGAAGAACCGUUACUUGGCAUUGCCGUACAACAUGAUGUUGGGAGUUGGAUGGUGCAUCAAUGCAGUGGCAUCCUUUCUGGUGAAGAGGUUGAACGAAUAUGCAUGGCCAGAUUUGCCUGUGGCUGCCCGAUCUGUCUUGCAGUUGGUGUUCCAGCUCACCUACUUCGGCAUCAUGUCCAUUUGCGUUUUGAGGUUAGAUGCAUAUUACCAUUUGAAGAAGCGAGAACAAGAACUCUGGGAGGAGCAAGAUCUGACAGAUGUCACGGAUAUUGAAAUUCGCCGCUUUGAAGUGGAACUGGUGGCGAAUAAUCUGGGAGAUACCUUGACCCACGCCUUGGCCUUCGUUUACGGCUGGGGGGUUAGCGACCUCCUGAAUGUCCUGUACUAUGCCUUCUUCAUGGGCUGCUCAAGCUACUCGAAGUGUCCAUAUCAACAGGUUUGGUACUAUGGCAUCAUUGUCACCGUAGUUCUAGGAUGGUACAUCAAGACGUUAAGCUUGCAGGAGUACCGGUCCCUGGCGAGCAAGUCCUACCGCAGCUUCAUGAUCACUGCGAUGUCUUUGACGGUGGGCUGGGCCUGGAUGAAUGUGUGCCAAGUGACCACGGAUUCCUUCGUGGACGCCUGGAAUUCGGUUCGAUUCAGCAUUUGGACGAAGCCUUUGUGCUAUCUUUUUAUGUCUGUUUUUGUCUACAUUCUGAUGGUGGAAAUCUACUACCAGAUCUUGGAUGAGUUGAGGUAUAUCAAACGCGAGAGGGACGAGUUUCAUGAGGCCUACCCCACGGUGCCCGAUUCCGGAAGCCGCGUGGGCUCCUUCGGGAUUGGCUUAUCAAGUGAGGCAACUCUGCAAAGGGAUCCUGAAGUUCCAAAUGAUCAGAACAGCCCAAAGCCUCCUGAGAGCAUCUAG